UCCAAAAUGACUGCACACCCGAAAAGAGUUGAAACAUGGGGGAAGGAGGAGGAGAAGAGGUUGCAGAAGAGAAAGUAACAGACAUCAGUCUUAAAGAGCUUGCAAAGAAACUGGAGGAAUUUGCCAAGGCCAGAGACUGGGAAAAGUACCACAGCCCAAGGAAUCUUCUUCUUGCUAUGGUUGGCGAAGUAGGAGAGCUAUCAGAAAUAUUCCAGUGGAAGGGAGAGGUAGACAAAGGGCUGCCCAAUUGGGAGGAAUCAGAUAAGGAGCAUCUAGGAGAAGAGUUAUCUGAUGUGCUGUUAUACCUCGUUAGAUUGGCUGAUAUAUGUGGCAUUGAUCUUGGUGAUGUUGCAACCAAGAAAAUUGUCAAGAACUCUAUCAAAUACCCACCUAAGAUCUGCUAGACUAGUAUUAAUAAUGAGAGAAUUUUUGAGCAAUGCCACUUGUUUCUUUCCUUUUUGGGCUAAUUUUAAAGGAACGUUUUCAUGGAACCUCUGUAGAGAAUUAAUAAAGCAGCCUUCUUCUUUA